UGCGUUCCGAAAAUCAUCGAAAAGGCACUUCAGCCAGCCUUUUUAUCCGCGAGAGUCUAUGGUGAUAUUGUUACAAUUGAGUAAAUUUUUAUCAUAUUUCGCAAACGAUAUUUAACCUUUGACACAUAAAAAAUACGUAAUCGAUGUAGGACUCCAAUGCAGUUGAAAUAUUUACAAAGUGUGUGCAUUUAGGAUGUGUGAACUAUCUAUCCCCGUUACACAGAGGUUUAACCUAUUGCUCUAAUGACUUACGAGCUUUGGUGUUUGUCAGUACUUUAUGACGCGUGCUGAGCCCACAAAAAUGUUGGGGUCAUGAGAAUUACCACAUUGCUUCCAGUAGUGUACAUUUUAUCUCUAUGGCUAAGGGAAAAAUAAGAGGUUCUGACUCCAAUAAUAAGAUAACAGCAUCAAAUGCAGCGUUUAAAAAUGGAGAAACGUAUACGUGGGAAUUUGAGAUUAACGAGACACCACCCAGUGCUAGAACCUUGCUUACUAAGGGCUACACGCAAGAUGAAAUUAAUUCGUAUUCGGGAGCAACUGUAUCAACACGUGGGCGUUUUAUGACAGAACAAGAAAAGUUGCGUUGUCCAAAUGAGAGGCCAUUGUAUCUUUACAUACAGGGACAUACAAAACACAAUGUUGAUUUGGCAAUACAAAAGAUCAAUGAAAUUAUUAAAACGGAACACCAAAGUUCAUUAAACAGACCAAGCAGAUUCACAAAUGCUCCGCCACCUCUUAUGAGCUUACAUUCAGGAGUUACAAGUGUAGAAAAAAUUUGCGUUGGUAUCGAGAAUGCACCACAAGGUUUUGAUUUGCGUGGGCGAAUACUAGGUGCAGGUGAUGCAAAUUUAUUUUAUAUUAGAGGCGAAACUGGAGCGAAUGUAACCUUAAGAGGUAGAGGAUCUCAAUUUAUUGAUCCAAUUUUGGGAACAGAAUCUCCAGAACCACUUCAUUUAUGCAUAGAACAUCCAAAGCCAGAAGCACUGCAAAAUGCAAAACAAUUGACAAUUAAUUUGAUACAAACAAUACAGUCUGAAUUACAGACUUAUAUUCAACAACAGCCACCACCAGUACAACCUCAGCAAGUUAUUGAACAAUCACAGAUACCACAAACACAAUUCCAAACUAUGAAUAUUGGUAGUUUAGGUCAGCCAAAUGUAGUCGCAAUACAACAUCAAGAUAUUAUACAACAUCCGCAAAGUAAUGUUGUAACAUUACCUGCAACAAUUCUUACUGCUACCGUAGCACAAGGACCUGGCGCGCCAGGACCUGGUGUAUCAGUUCCUCCUCCAGGUGUGCAUAUACCGCCUCAUACUGGUCCAUUAGUUCCACCUCCACAAGCUCAGGAAAUACAAACUUUCAUGCCGCCACCACCUGUUGGACAAGUACAAUUAAUCGGUCCUCCGUCAACAGUAAGUCAAGUUCAAUAUCAAAUACAUCCGGGUCAACCAUUACAAAUCCAGGGAAUUCAACAAGGAUCGCAGUCCUCACCGCAACCUGUGGCGCAAAUGUAUGUCAUGAGUCAACCACCGCCGCAGAAUCCUGCGCAGCAGAGCUUUAUAACGAGUAAUAACGCGCCAGUGAGCGGGACAGUGUCGUAUGUAUAUACGCAACCCAACGUGCAGAGGCCCGCUACGCCGUCCCAAGGAAUUAUCGAGACCGUUAAUGUCAAUUUACAACAGCCUCCACCUACGGCGCCGCUCAAUAUAACGCAGCAACCGCCACCGCCGUUGUUACAUCUUCAUUUUCCGCCGCCGAACUUUCCGCCGAAUCAACCACCACCUCCCGUCCCGCAAACCUAUCAAAUACAGUAUCAACAGGUACAGGCACCCGCAUCGCAAUCACAAACGCAGUUCGUCUUACAGCCUGGCGAGCAUAUUAUUCCGCCCCAGUUGCAACAGAAUCAUGAACAAUCUCAAGCUGUCGCUCAACAUAUAUUACCUCCGCAAUUCGAAGGUCACGCACCGCCAUUCCAUUUACAAGUACCUCCACCGCCAUCGCAAACUUUUUUAGUACCUAACGCUCAGUCUCCUCAACAUCAUCCACAACCGCCGCUUCCUCCCGGCGGCGAAAUUCAGCAUCAACAAGAGGGCCCAGUGGAACAGGGACCAUUGCCGCAGCCGGUACCCCCUCCGCAAAUAGUACCACCGCCGUCACUCAGUCAGAUGCCGAAUUCCAUGAAUAUUCUUACCAGCGUACCGCCACCAUCGCAGCCGCCUCCACCGCAAAACGCUCCAUGGCUGUACCAAGCUCAACAGCCGCAACAGAUGCCACAACCACAAGGGCAAUUGCAGAUGCAAAUGCCGCCGCAGAAUAUAUCUCUUCAUAACGUACCUCCACCACAAGUUCAAGCUCAAAUACAAUAUCAUCCUCAACACAUACAAUAUCAAAAUGGUCAUAUACCGACGCAAGUGCAUUACGCGAUGCAACCGCCGCAUCAGCAAUUUGAGCAGAAACCUGAUUCGCCAGAGCAGCAAAAAUCUCACGGAGUAAAAAGAAGGUUUUCAGACGUUGAGGGAGGUCAGGAACCACCACCACCACCACCAUAUCAAUGUGCUCCGUUACCUGCACAACGGCAUGGCACAGGAGAAGGUGAUCGACAACAGCAAGUCUUACAUGGUCCAUCACUUACAUCUGCGGGUCUGCCACAUGGAGAUCGCAACAAGAUGCUAAUGCCACCUCCACAUUCAGGUGAGAAACGGAAUCUGGACCAAAAGCCUACAGGAUUAUCUUCAGGAAAUGAUCAAACUAUAAUGACCGAAUCUGGAAAUAUUCAUGUUGGCAACGGUCCUCCUCUACCACCUCCAUCUUCGCCGCAGGCACCGUGGCAAAGUCAUCAUGUGAGAGUUUCUUGGGGUAGACCACCGCCAAUUCCAAGAGAAGGGGAACUUUCUACAGUCUGUCCCGGUCUACCUCCUAUUAACAUGCCUCCACCUCAGAUCAGGCCAAGAGGUCCCGCUGACGGUAGUCGUUCUCCCAUUCAGAACAUUGGGUUAGAGCAGCCGUUGAACGUCGAGUACAAUCAAAUGCCGCCCUAUACGACGAAACCGCCGCCUUACAACGCGCAUCCGUUGAUGCAGUCGAUCUGUAAUCCGCCGCCGCCACCGCCGCCGCAUCAUCAACAACCGCGGCCACAGCAUCCUCCACAAGCGGUGCAGCAUUAUCAGGUGCCAAUCUCACAGACAUAUCAGCCGCCGACAUCCUGCCCACCGUGGAUGAAUUGAAAGUUAUAAAACUAUAAACGGUGUUUCUUGACGAUGAUGCAACUUAAUAAAAGUGAAGUUUUCAUAAUAGCAUAACGAGACGAUGUGACUCAAAUUGCAAGGAUCUGACGUAAAUACGAAUAAUUGGAACUGCAUCGUGUUUAUUGCACUCAAUUGUGUGUUCCUUACGGUAGUUAUUUAGUGGUCUGUUUCAAGAAGGGAGAAUGCUGAACAGCAUGUAAAAAUCUGUAAAAAUGUUAGAUUAUUUAUACUGUAUAAUUUAAAUUCUGUACACUAAGGGAGAAAAAGAGACAGAGAGAGUGUGGUGUGUGUGUGUGUGUGUGUAAAAGUGUGAGAGAAAAAGAGAGAAGUAGAAAAAAAGAGAGGUAAUGCGAAAUUACAUAAUAAAAAUAACGCCAUGUUGACGAGAUAGUUACUUAUUAAUUGUAGAGUUCAUUUCGAUUACGCAAGGAAUGUGAUUCUUGUACAUAGCAUACAUACAUAUGUAUUUAUACACAUAUGUAUACAUACAUAUAAGUAUGUAUUGAGAAGGAAUAAUAGUGUUAUUUUGAACGGUUCUAUCAUUGCGUGUCCGAUGAUUUGUUUUGCAUACUUGCACGCGAAUGAUAAUCCACCUUGUGUUUCCUCUGGCGUUGAAACCAUCUCUCCAUUUAGAUAUAGAUAGAUAUAUAACACGUGUAACAAUGUAUGCAGUUUUUUAUGCAAAGCCAAUAAUAAAUCGUUAUUGCCAAUUAA